AUGAAAAGCUCACUGGAAACGACGGCUCCGGCGACGGUGGAACCUCGAGUUCUUGGAACAGAAUCAUCGGAGAAAAACAGCUCAAUGACUGGUGACAAACUGAGACUGAAAGGGUUAAAAUUUUACGGUCACCAUGGAGCGAUUCCAGAAGAGAAAACUCUAGGGCAGAUGUUUCUUGUUGACAUUGAUGCGUGGAUGAGUCUUAGAGAGGCUGGUGAAUCAGACAACUUAGCUGAUACAAUCAGCUAUGUUGACAUUUUCAGUAUAGCUAAAGAAAUUGUGGAAGGGUCACCGAAGAAUCUUCUGGAGGCAGUUGCGGAACAAAUCGCGUCCAGAACGCUUGAAACGUUUCAUCAGAUAACCGCUGUUCGAGUGAAGGUAUCGAAGCCAAAUGUUGCACUUAUUAAGACCACUAUCGAUUACUUAGGGGUCGAGAUUGUCCGACAGCGAAAGCACUAA